CUGCCGUGUGAAGACCAGCGCCGCUGUCGCCUCGGCCACCGUACCGCCCCAAAUAACAUUGAACAGCAAAUGCAGAAGAGUCCGUCCAACCACCUUGGCUUAGAAUCGAACGAUUUUGACCAUUUGUUCCACACUCUCACUUUGCCUCAACCUCAUCAGCUGCACAAGGAAUUCCAAGGAAUUUAUUCGUACGAUAGCAAUCGCGCAUGCUCCUUGGAAACUCUCUACUUGAACCUUCUAAUUUCUCAAAGCACUUCACCAAGCAGCCGUCUGUUGCAUAAAAGCAACGGUUGCCAUGGACAACCUCAUAACAGUUGGUGUAAAAAAGCUAGUGCAGCAAUGGUAAGAAUCACGGAACAGCUGAUACGCAAGAAAGCCGAGCACAACGAGCUCAUCAUCGGUACGCUGGAGGAACUCUCGCUGCACCAAGUCCGAUCCAAUCCGAAAGGACGAUUCCGACCAGUUCCGAAAUCGUUUUGUGAUUCCGGACUCGUUUUUGAUUCCGCGCUCCGGAUUCCCGUUCUGCUGCAAAUGUAUGUCGUGCACACUGUUCUGCGUUAUCUCCUCUCUUCUUUGUCCUUGCCAGACGGUUGCUUGGUGGUAUAAUUUACGGGUAGAAUUUUGGAAGCGGCGAAGAUUUCCUCUUAAGUGACAAAUUGUUUUACAGGAUAGUCUGGCCGUGGUAAAUUUGUUUGGGUGCAUAAACCUUUAAAUGAUUUUGAUCAUGAAAUUUUCGAUUUAAAAUUCUUAACCUGUGCCGAUCUGCUUAAAUGAGAUUUGAGCAGUUUUCUCCCAGUCUUUUGCAUUUUUUUUAAGCGCCGCUUUGUUAUGGUUCUUUUUUAAAGCGUCGUUAGCACCGGACUGUUAGAACUUAGCUUUUAUUUCUCGUUGUAAUAAUGCAAUGUUUCCUGAUAUAAAUAUAAAAAACAUAUUCAUGUUAAUAUUAAAUUUAUAUCUUCCGUUGAACGAUGAUUUGGAAUUUGUGUCGAAGUGAAUAAAGUCUCUUAAACCUAAAAACAUUUUUUUUUGCUUAAAAUAUUUUUUCCGGAAUCGAGAAUCGAGCGUCAUCAAUAGGAACCGGAAACAUAUUUGAAGCCGGAGUGAAUAGAAAGCAUAUGCAUGGCAUGGACUUAAAAUCAUUUGAAGGUGUGAGUUUAUACACCCAAACAAAUAUGCCAAAUUUGAGUAAGCAGCCGCUACGAAAUGAAAAAGAAACACAGUAAGCGAAAGUAAAAAAUGAAGAGAAAACCCUGAAGAGAAAAUUUUGGUCGCCUCCAAAAUUCUACCCGUAAAUUAUACCACCAAGCAACCGUCUGGCAAGGACAAAGAAGAGAGGAGAUAACGCAGAACAGUGUGCACGACACAUACAUUUGCAGCACAACGGGAACCCGGAGCGCGGAACAAAAACGAGUCCGGAACCAAAAUGAGUCCGGAAUCAAAACGAGUCCGGAAUCAAAAACGAGUCCGGAGUUUGUUUUGAUGCUUGAACUUAUUUUUGAUACAUAAAUUUUGACUGAUUUAUUGUGAAGAUGUGAAAACAUGGCCUGAUAAUGAUUAUUCGGCUUUGCCAGCAAUUCCUUGCUUUGGUAAUGCAAAGGUCGUACAGCUCUUACGGGUCAUACGGAAUCAGUAUGUUUCCUGCCACAGGGUGCCGGUCUUCAUUAGCUUUGCACAAACAGCCCCAGCCAGUCCUGCAACCCUGCCCCCCUCCCCCCAUAAAAAAACGGAGCGCGGAAUCAUGAUCCGGACUCGACUCCGGCGGCGGAGCGCUUCGGGCAGAUCCGUUCCGGCAAAUGGUCGGAUCUGCCCAUCCCUAAUGAAGAAGGAAGCAAGAAAGGAGAGAAAGUAUACAAAGCGCAUACUGUUUACGAGUAUCCCUUAAGUAUAAUAGAAACUGUCGUUUGUAUUAUGAUUUGUUCGAUUUCAAUCUCUCUAUUGCAGUGAUUUAAACCCAAAAGGAGUUACAAACCAAUUGCUCACUUGUUUUGAGUGAGUUGAAACCAAAAUAACUGAGUCGCUAGAGUCAC